GAGGCGUGACGCAUUACCGUCAGGUCCUUCUUCCACAGCGCAGGAAAUUGAAAGUAAAAAUCACUACAGAUCCACUGCAAAUCGUCUACGUUAAGUUUGUAAAUCAGUUAUAAACCGCCUUAAGAAUGUUCAUUGCGUCGGGGGACGUUGUUCCUUCUUUUAAAGGCUUCACUCUGAUAAUGCCUGCAGUCUCUGUUGGGAAUGUGGGGCAGCUGGCCGUGGAUCUCCUCAUCUCAACACUGAACAUGGCCCGAGUGGGACACUUCCACACGGACUGCCUCAUCCCCAUGGCCGGAAACAACCCCUACGCCACAUGUGCUGAGGAAGCCGGCCAGCUCAGCACGAGCGCGGAGGUGUACUGUCACAGUGACUCCAAGCUGGCUGUGCUGCAGAUAAGGACCCCCAUUAUCCAGACAAAGGUCAGAUCAUUCCGAAAGCUGAUGGUUUCUUGGAUCAAGAGCAGCGGGUUCCUCAGAAGUGUGCUGCUGUCCAGCAGUCAAGCGUAUCACAGAGAUGACCAGCAGCUUCAUGGCACUCCUCUGCGGUACCUGCUGACCCCGUCUCUGCAGAAGGAGGAGGCUCCGAGGGUGGAGGAGCUGGGCUGGAGGGAGAUGGAGAGGAUCAGUGCGUUUCCCGGGGUCUCCGACUCAGAGCAGCGGCUCUACAUUCCCGGAGGAGGAGUGACCAAAGCCCUUUACACAGACUGCUGCACAGAAGGCAUCUCUAUGGCAGUAGUGCUGAUCUUCUGCUCAGAAGGAGACAACAUCCCUGACGCGUUUGCUCUUGUUAACCAUCUCAACGACUGGCUCCAUCUGCUGGAAAAACCUGCGCAGGGUUCGGUGCAGUGGCGGGUUCCUCCCUCUUGGAGGCUGCUGUUCGGCAGCGGUAUCCCUCCUCUUCUCUUCUGAAGCGUCACGCUUGCAUAUGGAUCUUGCAGGGGUGACUGUUUUAAACACGAGCCACAGAAAUCACUGAUGGUUGAGCGGUCAAACUGCACAAAGCGCUGAAUACACAUUUUGCUUGUAAAUAAGUGAAAUAGUACAGAAAUAAUAAGCUGUAGGAUUAUUUUUGCCAAA